UCGCAGGUGAUGGAAAAGUACAAUACAAGUUCUUUUGAAGGCUUCAUCCUGGUGGGCUUCUCUGACCGUCCCCACCUGGAGCUGAGCCUCUUUGUGGUGGUCCUCACCUUUUAUCUGCUCACUCUGCUUGGUAACAUGACUAUCAUCUUGCUUUCAGUGCUGGACUCACGGCUGCACACCCCCAUGUACUUCUUCCUGGCCAACCUCUCCUUCCUGGACAUGUGUUUCACCACCGGCUCCAUCCCUCAGAUGCUCUACAACCUGUGGGGCCCCUACAAGACCAUCAGCUAUGUGGGCUGUGCCAUCCAGCUCUACUUUGUCUUAGCCCUGGGAGGGGUGGAGUGUGUCCUCCUGGCCGUCAUGGCCUAUGACCGCUAUGCAGCUGUCUGCAAACCCCUGCACUACACAGUCAUCAUGCACCCUCGGCUCUGUGGGCAGCUCGCUUCAGUGGCGUGGCUGAGUGGCUUUGGCAAUUCUCUCAUCAUGGCACCCCAGACACUGAUGUUGCCCCGCUGUGGGCACAGGAGGGUGGAACACUUUCUCUGUGAGAUGCCAGCACUCAUUGGCAUGGCCUGCAUAGACACGAUGGCCCUGGAGGCGCUGGCUUUUGCCCUGGCAAUCUUUAUCAUCCUGGUCCCAUUCAUUCUUAUCCUCAUCUCUUAUGGCUACAUUGCAAGAGCGGUACUUCUAAUCAAGUCAGCCGCUGGGCGGAAGAAGGCAUUCAACACCUGCAGCUCCCACCUGAUUGUCGUCUUGCUCUUCUACGGCACCAUCAUUUACAUGUACCUGCAGCCCGCAAACACCUACUCCCAGGACCAGGGCAAGUUCCUCUCUCUUUUCUACAUCAUCAUAACCCCCAGCGUGAAUCCCCUCAUCUACACCCUCAGAAAUAAAGAUGUGAAAGAAGCAAUCAAGAAGGUGAUAGGGAAUGGGGUGCAGAAGGAUAGUAAGGAGUGA